ACGAAACUAGCGGACUACUGGAGCGCAGGGAGAACUGAAAGCUUGACAUCACGGCGGCUGGCACUUCGUGCGUCUGAAAGUACGGAUUUGAACUGACGUAUUAUCUUUUCCACCUGGGAGCUGACAAAAGUUGACAACUUUCCAAAUGCAGUCGGAAUCGGGAAUCGUGCCCGACUUUGAGGUCGGCGAGGAAUUUCACGAAGAGCCUAAAACGUAUUACGAGUUGAAGAGUCAGCCGCUACAGAACAGUAAUCCAUCUGAGCAGCAGCAUGGCUCGUCUAAGCCCCCGCGGGGAAUGUCGGCCAUGACCUCUCGUAUCCUGCUCCGGCAGCAGCUGAUGCGUGAGCAGCUCCAAGAGCAGGAGCGGCGUGAGCAGCAGAGAGGGCAGAAUGCAGCGUACGGCCAGCACUCCAUCACCCAGAGCCCGGCCAUCAACGUCAGCACGCCCACUGGCCUGCCCAGUGCCACACAGGUGCCCAUGGAAGUGCUGAAGGUUCAAACUCAUCUUGAAAACCCCACUAAGUAUCAUAUCCAGCAGGCUCAGCGGCAGCAGGUGAAGGAGUAUCUCUCCACCACUCUGGGAGGAAAGCUUGGAUCGCAGGUGUUGAGCUUACCGUGCCCCAGCCAGACCACUGAUCACAGGGGAAUGCCUCCGGGGCCGGGCAACAGCGCCCCCAACAGUCCCAUGGCCUUACUGACCCUAAACUCCAACUGCGAGAAAGAGAUGGACGAUGUCAUUGAUGACAUAAUUAGUUUAGAAUCAAGUUACAAUGAGGAUCUCAUUAGAUUCCCCUUGGACCCUGGGCUUCAGAUGUCAAACACGAUCCCUGUCUCAGCUAACCUCAUGGACAUGUACAGUAACCCAGGGAUACCACCUCCUGGAAUCUCUGUCAGUAACUCCUGCCCUGCUAACCUGCCCAAUAUUAAAAGGGAAUUCUCUGUUACUCCAUCUCCAGCCAUGAUGCACAUGAUGGACAAACCCAGCUCCUGUGGCAAGUUUGAGAACUAUCAAAGGCCUGAAGGGUUUCCUGUGGAGGCAGAAGUGCGCGCUUUCGCAAAGGAAAGGCAAAAAAAGGACAACCAUAACUUAAUUGAGAGGAGACGAAGAUUCAACAUCAACGAUCGAAUCAAAGAACUGGGAACUCUGAUUCCAAAAUCAAAUGACCCGGAUAUGCGCUGGAACAAGGGUACUAUUCUGAAGGCCUCUGUGGACUACAUCAGGAAACUUCAGAGAGAGCAACAACGUGCCAAAGAGCUGGAGAACCGACAGAAGAAGCUGGAACAUGCCAACCGCCACCUGAUGCUUAGGAUACAGGAGCUGGAAAUGCAGGCCCGUGCCCAUGGACUGGCCGUCACCUCCUCUACACUCUGCCCAUCAGAGCUAGCAGCCCAGGCCAUCAAACAGGAGCCGGUUCUGGGAGGCUGCACCCAGGAUAUGUACCCCCACGCGCACCCCUCCUGCCCAGACAUGGGCCGCUCAAGCACCCUCGACCUUAACAAUGGCACAGUCACCUUUAAUGACGCCCAUGGUCUGGGCUCUACCACUGAUGCAGAGGCUUACGGUCUGGUCCCUAAGGCACACGGCACCAAAUUUGACGACAUCCUGAUGGACGACACAUUAUCGGCUGUAGCAACAAACGACUCGCUGCUCACCUCCGUCUCACCUGGAGCCUCAAACGAAAGUAGCCGGAAAAAUAGCGUGAGCAUGGAAGAAAAUGAGCAUGUUUGUUAGCCCUCGUUUGGCUGGCUAUUGGUUGCAGUUUUCCAAUAAUUCGAUUGACUGCCAAAUAGGAAGCACAGCUUGUUUUAUCAAGUGCAAAGUAAUAUUAUUUUUUAUGUUUACACUAAUUUUAUUUUAUUGUAUUCUAACCUUAUCCCAGUUUGGCGUUCCUGAAGUUUUUAUCAUGUUACAAUAAUUCAGCUGUGCAUAAUAUCAAAAUAAUCAAGGUCAGUAUCAGAAAAAAGAUUGAUUUGUGUACUUUGCAUAGGUGUAUUUAGAAUAUAACUGAAUCAACUUUGGGAUAAUGUAAAAGUGCACUUGAAUGGUCGUUUUUCUCUGGUUGUACAGUAGCGUCUUGACGCAUAGUUUAGAAAAAUCUCUCUCUUUUAUAUCCCUUGCAAAGGAAUGAUUUAAGCAUAAUACUUGCCAUUUAAAUUGUUUUUGGUGUUUUUCAACAAGCCAGCUGCCCAGUAAGCACAUACAAAUUCUUUUCUGCGAAUAAAUUAGUGUCACUAUUCUCUCAAUUCAUUAAAAACUAAUUGCGCCAGCUGAUAGCAUUGUUUAUUUGCAUACGCUGUUUGCGUUGUUUUUGCACUUUGGUGAUUCACUAAAGCAAUUAUGAAUACUAAAGCGGUGUUCGACUGCACCAUGCAUCUUAAUAAAUGUUGGUUAUAACUAGGGCUGAAACGAUAAGUCGACGUUAUCGACAACAUCGACAAUAAAAAAUUGUCAACAGAAAUUUUUGUUGUCAAAUAGUCGUUUGAUGUCAUUUAACAUAACAUGAGAUCAUAUGAAACUCUAAUGAUGACGCGUGAGAGCAGCACUGUAGUUCGCGCCUGACUGAGGAGAGGAAGAAUUACACAGCUCACAGUCCAGAUGCACUCUAAACUUUCCAAACAGCUUCAGGUGAUGUAGAUCGCAAAGUAUGAGGGAAUUAUAAUGCAAAAAUACAAAAUAAGUAAAUACAGAAGCACUCUCAUUGUGAAAUAAAGCAGAGCUUAAGCAAAGCUUGCAUGUCAGUGCGUCUAAAAAGCAAACAAUCUGGCGUUAUAUCUUUAAUGCAUUCUUUAUUAAAGUUCAGAUAAUAAGGAAAUAGGCCAUAAACAAACUUGGGGAAAAUGGCAUUUCUCUGUGCGGUCAGCGCCAUUCCUAUGAGUCGUGUGAAGAGGGAGAGAUUGAAACUGCACCCGGCUGAGGCACACUGUGGCACGGGGAUGCUCGUACCUUGUGCGCGUUUGCUGCAGCUAGAUUAUAACGUGAUGGCUUGCGACGUAUUGAAUCAUAAUAUACUGUAUGUGUCAUGGUGUGUAUCUUAUUGUGAAGAAAAUCGGCGAUACGCAACUCUAUUAAGAAGAGAGAGUUCUUUUUUGUGAGUUAAAGAUGGAUCGAAGUGAACAUAAAUGUGAGAGAGGGUAGUCUUAGCACAUUAUACACUGCAACAAAAUAUGUUUUUGAUUUGUUUUUGUUUUGGCUUGUUUUCCAUAAAAUAUAUGUAAAACUCCUUUAAAACAACGUACAUUUACUUCAGCAGCUAUACAGCAGAAGAAAAAAUUGUUAUUGGAGAAUUUUGAAUGCAGUAUUUAAUAUUGAAAUAUUUUAAAUAUCUAAAAAUAGCCUACUUAAAACAAGAUACAUUUAUCUGAGAAGCAGCAUGCUUGCUUUUAGAGAAUAGAUCUUGUAUAUGAGUAUAUUUUUUCUUUUCUGCACUGGAAGAAGUAUGAAGAAGUGAAGAAAUACACUUAUAUACAAAAUACACUUAUUUUUAAGAUACAUUCUCUUAAAGCAAGUCUAAAUAUCUAAUAUGUUGCUUCUCAAGUAAAUGUAUCUGGUUUUAAGGAUUUUUAGAUCAUUUAAAUGGAAAACAAGACAAAAACUGUUGAUUACAAUAGUGAAUUUUUUUACUGAAUGAAACUUAUAAAAAAAGAACGUUUUUUUCCCCCUUGUAAUUCAGUGAAUAUCAUUUAGAGGUAUUUUUAAAAGAUGAUUUUGUCCUCGUUAAUGUUAGUAAGCACAUUUAAUAUAACCUUUUAAGUUGGGGCACAAGCUGAAUAGUCGGUUAAGGGCUAAUGAUUAAUUGUUGCAAUAAUCGACUGAAUAGUCGUAUAAUCGUUCUAAUAAUCGUUAGAUUCGUCGAUUAUCAAAAUAAUCGUUAGUUGCAGCCCUAGUUAUAACGCUCUUUUCCACAAUUUGAUCAUCAUUUGAUAAAUUACAUUUAAAAAAAUUCAAUUUACCUCCUGCUUUCCAAGGGAGGUAAUACCGCGACGUUAAUCGCACAAGUCAAUUAGUGCAGACUUAUGUGAAUGAGGUGCAUUUUUUUAAAUUUACAUGGUCAGGAGAUGUGUUUUUACUGAAAAUAUUGACAAAGAUUUAAUUUAAAUACGCAUGAUGCAGAGAGUGCCUGGUUAAAAUGAAUUGCAGGUGGUAUGUCAAUAAGGUGCAAGGUUUUGUGCUGAAAUAUUGCAUGCUAAAUUUGUGCCAAUGUUUAGUGAAUUCGUCCCUCAGUGUUAUUUUUUUUUUUUCUGUUUUAAGGUCCACGAUAAUUUCAUUAAGCUCCAUUGAUUCACACCACUGUGGGUAUUUUGGAAUGAUGGGAAUCAGGUCAUUUCAUGUCACUGGAAUAAUCUCCACAAUAUCCAAUUUAAAUUCAAAUGUGCCAAGAUCUGUAAGCAAUAUCCAGCUAGAAACCAACAGAGAAUUCUCUGCAAAACUUUGACAGUUUGACAAGCAUUAAGGGUGAUAAUAGUUUCUGAAAACAAACAUAGGCAGUUGUUUUUAAUGGUCUGUUUUAUGGUUAGUUGCCAUAUCUGUCAUUUAAUACAUUUUAAGAAUUACCCACACAAAAUGUCAUGUAAAUGAACAUGAUUUGUUGUGGUUACUGUAUAUGCAGUGCCUUUAUAGUUAUACACUGCUUGUAGCAUAUAUUAUGAUUUCGAAUAUACCCAGAGGAUGCAUUUUAACACAAUGCAUCUCACAAUGCAGUGCAAAGCAUGAAAUAAUCCAUAUGAAUGUGAACUUGCUUAGUAUUUCAGACUUCAGACUCAUCUCCACUGAAAAAAAUUUUUUUUCAGGGGCUAUGUAUCUCCUAGUGUUUGAGACUGUUUAGGAAAAUUAAGAAAAUUAGGAGGAAGAUGUAGGAUUUAAAAAAAAAUGUUUUGUACUGGUCAAAAACACUGGAUGAACGCCUUUACCUUCAGAAACUAAACUAAAAAAUAGUAUGUACAAAAUGUAAAACAAAAUGUUUUUAUAUAUUCUAACAUUUGUUUGGGUUUUUGAAAUGCUUGGUGUAAAAUGACUUUGUUAUAAUAAGCUGUACUGUUACUGUAUAUUUUUACUGUUUCAAAAUGCUCAGCUGUGGCGCUGAUAAAUGCCUUUGAGAAGUAUCCGAUUUGUGCCACUAUAAUGGCCAUGUAGGUGCAACUACUGUAUUAUGUUUUGUUUCAUAGAACUAUGCAGAGGUAACUUUCAGUUCAGAAAUCAACCCUUUUCUUUGAAAGAAGAAAUCAUUUGAUAAAUUACAUUUGAAAAAAUUCAGUUUACCACCUGCUUUCCACGGGAGGUAAUAGCGCAACGUUAAUUGUGCCAGUCAGUUAGUGCAGACUUAUGUGAAUAAGGUUAAUAAUAAACAAGUUAUAGUGAAAGCUGAGUCAUACCAUAGUUAAGUGCCUUACAUUACAAACCUGUUACUUAAAGGAAUAGUUCACUCACAAUUAAAAUUCUAUCAACAUUUACUCACAUGCUUGUUGUUAAUGCAAAAACAUUAUGCAACGAAACUUGAAAAUCAUAUGGUUUUUGAGUGACAUUAGGCAUAAUGAUGACAUAAUUUUCAUUUUUGGGUGAAUUAUAUCAUAAUGUGCUAUCUGGUUAAAAACAGCUUAGCUUUCCUGGAUUAGAUGACUUCAUCAGAAAUGAUACAGUACGUUGUCCAGCGUCAUGGAAUGCUAAACUAAUCGUAUUAGGAUUCAGAUCGCUGCAACCACAGGUGGAAGUCAUCCAAAUAUGGGCAGGGAGGAUCGUUCACUCUAAUUACAUAUGGCCACCAGGAGAUGGCACCAAGUACAUGACAGAUUUAAUGAUGGCUCAAAUGACAUAGAAUGGAACUGAAUGAGAUCUCAUUACUCAUGAAUUCUAUCUUUAAAAGAAAUUUAUUUUCUUCUAUUUAUGUGAUCUUAGAUUGUGUCUUAGACAGUGGCAUCAAACUGGUGUAAAAUUUCUUCCCUUAAGGGAAGUAGUGGGGAACGAUCUUGAAGGGUUUGACUAAAGACUUGAUCUGACUUCAAAUGUAUUCUCGCUUAAACCUGUAUUGUCUUGAAGCACUUCAUGGCUUUCAAGAAUAGUGUAUUUACUUAAACUCCACCUACUAGCAUGAAACUACUGAAAGUUGACUUUAAUGUCAUUUGUAUGUAAUGUUAUACAGUGUUGACUGAUAAAAUGUUGCCAAAUUCCAAGUGAAGUCUGAAUAUGCAGUAAAACUAUUAUUUAUGUAUGUUGUGCAUUUAUUGCACAACUGGCUGUUGCAAUUGUUAUUUUCUUAGCAAUAAUUCAGACAAUCAGGUAAAGCAUAAGGCUCCUAUAUGAAUGCAUGAGUAUCAGUGAUGUCCACUGAAAGGUGCCUUUAAAACAAGCUUCCAUGGAACUUCAACCAAACAUCUUUUAAUGACAUUAAGUUUUUUUGUAUUUUUUUUGCUAUAGCUAAAGAUGUUUUUUGUUUUGUUAUUAUGUUUUUGAAGCUUAACCAAACAUUAUUUAAGGAAGGACUUAAAAUAGCUAUUAAUGUGGCUUUUUGGUUGAAUUUCCUUAUGAAGGAUUUUGUAUGAAUUCAGUACUGGAAGCCGACCCAACUUUUCACCUGUUGAAGUCACCUUUCACUCAAAAUGUUGUUUUGAAAUUGAAACUUUUAAGUAGUUGGUCACUAGUGUGGCCAUUUCAAGCUUGACAAGUGUACUGGGAUUGAAAGUGUUACAAACAUUAAAGUUAUAUUUAGUGGUUUUCACAA